GCCCCCGGCGCCACGUGCUCGCCGGAGGGCGGCGCAGGGGCCGCGCUGGAAAGAUGUUCUUGCUGCCUCUUCCGGCUGCGGGGCGAGUCGCGGUCCAGCGUCUGGGCGUGCAGCGUCUCUGGGCUCGGGGCUUCGUCGCUGCAGACAUGACCAAGGGCCUGGUUCUAGGAAUCUACAGUAAGGAGAAGGACGAUGAUGUGCCUCAGUUUACAAGUGCAGGAGAGAAUUUUGAUAAAUUGGUGUCCGGAAAGCUGAGGGAAACUCUGAGCGUGUCUGGACCUCCGCUGAAGACAGGCAAGACCCGGACCUUCUAUGGACUGCAUGAGGACUUCCCUAGUGUGGUGGUGGUCGGCCUUGGCAAAAAGACGGCAGGAGUCGAUGACCUGGAAAACUGGAAUGAAGGCAAAGAGAACAUCAGAGCUGCCGUUGCAGCGGGCUGCAGGCAGGUCCAGGAUCUGGAGCUGACCUCCGUGGAGGUGGACCCGUGUGGGGACGCGCAGGCGGCCGCCGAGGGAGCCCUGCUCGGCCUCUAUGAGUACGACGAGCUGAAGCAGAAGAAGAAGACGGUGGUGACGGCGAAGCUGCACGGGAGUGGGGACCAGGAGGCCUGGCAGAAAGGAGUCCUCUUUGCCAGCGGGCAGAACUUGGCACGCCGCCUGAUGGAGACGCCGGCCAACGAGAUGACGCCCACCAAGUUUGCACAGAUCAUCGAGAAGAACCUCAAAAGCGCAAGCACAAAAACCGAGGUCCACAUCAGACCCAAGUCCUGGAUCGAGGAGCAGGAGAUGGGAUCUUUCCUGAGUGUGGCCAAGGGAUCCGAUGAGCCUCCGGUCUUCUUGGAAAUCCACUACAAAGGCAGCGCCAACGCAAGCGAGCAGCCCUUGGUGUUUGUGGGGAAGGGAAUCACCUUCGACAGCGGCGGCAUCUCCAUCAAACCUGCCGCGAACAUGGACCUCAUGAGGGCCGACAUGGGCGGGGCGGCCACUAUCUGCUCGGCCAUCGUGUCCGCUGCCAAGCUCAACCUGCCCAUCAACAUCGUGGGUCUGGCCCCUCUCUGUGAGAAUAUGCCCAGCGGCAAGGCCAACAAGCCCGGGGAUGUCGUCAGAGCCAAGAACGGGAAGACCAUCCAGGUCGACAACACGGAUGCCGAGGGGAGGCUCAUCCUGGCCGAUGCUCUGUGUUACGCGCACACCUUCAACCCCAAGGUCAUCCUCAACGCGGCCACCCUCACAGGUGCCAUGGACAUAGCGCUGGGCUCGGGCGCCACCGGGGUCUUCACCAACUCCUCCUGGCUGUGGAACAAGCUGUUUGAGGCCAGCGUGGAGACCGGGGACCGCGUGUGGAGGAUGCCUCUUUUUGAACAUUACACCAGACAGGUUGUGGACUGCCAGCUGGCUGAUCUUAACAACAUUGGGAAGUACAGGUCCGCGGGAGCGUGCACGGCGGCCGCCUUCCUGAAAGAAUUUGUGACUCACCCGAAGUGGGCGCAUUUAGACAUCGCAGGAGUGAUGACCAACAAAGAUGAGGUCCCCUACCUGCGCAAAGGCAUGAGCGGGAGGCCCACCAGGACCCUCAUCGAGUUCCUGCUGCGGUUCAGUCAGAACAGCGCCUAGGCCCCUCCUCCGACUCCCCGCGGCUCCGCCGGGACACCUGGACAUCAGCACGUUUGAGUGAACUGCUGGAAGGGCGCGGAAGGGGGAUAUUUAACAUGGUAGGAUUCAGCGACAGUUUGGUGUCUCGAUGUGCUUUUAUUUUUUCCAUUGUCGCAGAGAUUUGUAAAGGUGGAGUCAGUGCCUGGCACGGCCAGGAGUUGGGUGUCCCUAAGGAGAUGCUUUGUAAAGAGCUUCGCGAUCAGAGUCAGUGAUAGGAAUGGAGGAGCAGACUUGAAUUUUGAAUUUUUGGAGAUCAUGAACAUGACAAACUACCUAAAGUUAUGAUGUGAUUUCAGAAACAAUAAAUACAACUUUUUGUGCUG